CAUGAAAGUAUAUAUAUAAGUUGAGAUUCAGGUUAGAGUUACUCACUUCACAGUGGAGACACUCAAACAGAUAUCUGAGGACAAAAAACAACUUAUCAGUCACACUGAAGGACAUUGAAACCAGUUGCCAGAGUUGAUGCCAUGGGGUUCCAGAGGGCUUUCCUGUUCCUGGUGUUGAUGUGUGUCACAGUGAUGGUACACGGUCAACCGGCCGAGAUUAGCCGUAGUUAUACACAUUUCCUCCGACAGCACGUCAAGGGGGAUAUGACAAUACAGAAGUGUCAGGGUGUGAUGGGCUACUUGGAGUUGACUGAGUCUAAGAGCGAAAAUUGCAAAGUAAAAAACACAUUCAUUAAAGCCAAUUCAAAUCAGGUCAGGGCCAUUUGUACUGGCGGUGGCACACCUAUUGGUAACAGUCAGUUUGAAAGCAAUAAUCAAUUCCCUGUAGUCAUAUGUAAACACAAGUGUAAAAAGAAAACGCUAUGUCAACACACUCAUCCCCGAUGUGAAUAUGAGGGUUCUUCGUCCACCAGGAAAGUUGUCAUUGCUUGUGAAGGAGAAUGGCCAGUGCACUAUGGCGACGAUAUUCUUAUUGUCUAAUUUAGCUGAUUGCUAUGAACUGGUUCUCUGAAAUAAUUUUACACCUGAAUUACUGUAUCCUGUUUUGUUUUUCACCAUGAUGACUUCCUAGUUGUAUUAGUUGAUUAGUGUCCAUUGAUCUGGAAACAUUUAAUUAUCUGAAAGAAUUACCAAAAUACAUCUCAGGGUUUGAUUACAUUUCAGUCCAUUUUAGUCUUCGAAGGGGUCAUACAUGAUUGUUGGAUAUUUAUGUCAAGGCUUGCUUAAUUUAUAGGCCAUAGUCCCAUAUUACAGUAAUGCUUAACUAGACAGUAAACAAAUGUAGCUAAUUUCCAAACAAAAGAACAGAAGUGUUACCAUAACCUUUGAACUCUUGUUUUCUACCACGAACUGAAAUAAAAUUCCAGAUUAUGUUUAA